CAGCACACGGACUUCUGGAUGUUGUCGGGGUGGCUUUCCCCAAAUGGGAUGAAGGACUUGAGCAGAAACUCAUCGCCGGCUUCCUCCCUGCACGAGCACCGAGUGGCUCCCAGAUCCCCCAUUCUGCCCUGGGACAUCAAGGACACACGUAAAUGCUGUUUCCCCUCAGCGAGAGCUGGGCUAGGGGUGGAUGCUGAGUGCAGAAAGGGUGUGUGGGGUCCCUCGGCUUCACUGUUGUUUCUAACUGUUGUCAGUACCAGGUACCCGGUGCUGAGGAGCUGUGAUGAUGGAGGCUCUCCCCAAAGCCCUGGAGGUCGAUGAGAGGUGUCCAGAAGCCAAGGACCUGCUGCCCAGCCAGACUGCCAGCUCCCUGUGCAUCAGCUCCCGAAGUGAGUCUGUAUGGACCACCACCCCCAGGAGUAACUGGGAAAUCUACCGCAAGCCCAUCGUCAUCAUGUCUGUGGGUGGCGCCAUCCUGCUCUUCGGCGUGGUCAUCACCUGCUUGGCCUACACCUUGAACUUAGGCAAGAAGAGCCUGGAGGCCCUCAAGAUGACCGGGCCUGCGUUCCUGUCCCUGGGACUCAUGAUGCUGGUGUGUGGGCUGGUAUGGGUGCCCAUCAUCAAAAAGAAACAGAAGCAGAGACAGAAGUCAAGUUUCUUCCAGAGCCUCAAGUCCUUCUUCCUGAAUCGCUGA